UCGUGCCCGCGUCUGGGAGCAGCAGCCCCGGCCGCGCCCCGCCCGCUGCCGGCUGCGGGCAGCCGCUGCGGGUCUGCAGGCCCCGGGGGUGGGAACGUCUCAGCCACCGGCCAUGGCCGACCGCGGAUGCCCUCUGGAGGCGGCGCCGCUGCCCGCCGAGGUGCUCGAGAGCCUGGCGGAGCUGGAGCUGGAGCUGUCGGAAGGUGAUAUCACUCAAAAGGGAUAUGAAAAGAAAAGGGCGAAGCUGCUGGCUCGUUACAUCCCCCUCAUUCAAGGAGUAGACCCCUGUCUGCAAACAGAAAAUAGAAUUCCUGGGCCCUUGAUGACAGCAGCUGCACCCAAACCACAGAAGUCUCGGGCUACCAACUCAAGGGAUGAGCGCUUCCGGUCAGAUGUCCACACAGAAGCCGUGCAAGCCGCUUUGGCCAAGUACAAAGAGAGGAAGAUGCCCAUGCCUUCAAAAAGACGGUCUGUCCUUGUGCAUUCAUCCGUGGAAACCUACACUCCUCCAGACACGUCAUCCGCCUCAGAAGAUGAGGGCUCUUUACGGCGACCUGGGCGACUCACCUCCACUCUGCUCCAGAGCCAUUCCAGCAUCGAGCCCUGGCUUGACAGGGCCAUUCAGGGCUCGUCCACUUCAUCCUCUGCGUCUUCCACCUCAUCCCACCCGGGAGGGAAACCUGCUGCUGCUCCUAGUGCCGCCACUGCGCUCGCGGGCCUCGCGGCCCACACCCACAUAGAUCUGCACUCUGCCCCUCCCGAUGUCACCACCGGCCUCGCAGAGCACUCACACUACGAGCGUCCACAGGUGGCGUCUGUGAGAGGCGUUCCCCGGGGGCACGGCAGGAACGUGCUGGAAACUGCAGAUGGUGUGCCCGUGAACAGCAGAGUGUCCUCCAAAAUCCAGCAGCUGCUAAAUACCCUCAAGAGGCCAAAGCGCCCUCCCCUGAAGGAGUUCUUUGUGGAUGAUUUUGAGGAAUUACUGGAAGUUCAACAACCGGAUCCAAAUCAGCCCAAGCCCGAGGGCGAGCAGAUGGCGGUGCUGCAGGGAGAGCCUCUGUCGGUGGGAACUCCUGGGCCACCGUCUCUGCUGGCCGCACUGCAGCUCUGGGGCACAACACAGCCUAAAGCCCCCUGUCUGACUGCCUUGGAUACAUCUGGGAAAGCCACCUACACGCUCACCUAUGGAAAACUUUGGAGUCGGAGUUUAAAAUUAGCUUAUACUCUAAUUAAUAAACUGACUAGUAAGAAUGAACCACUACUUAAACCUGGAGACAGAGUGGCACUUGUGUUUCCCAAUAGUGAUCCUGUAAUGUUCAUGGUUGCAUUUUAUGGGUGUCUCCUGGCGGAGCUGGUUCCUGUGCCUAUAGAAGUGCCGCUGACAAGAAAGGACGCAGGCAGCCAGCAGGUUGGCUUUCUCCUGGGCAGCUGUGGGGUGACCCUGGCCCUGACCACGGAUGCUUGCCAGAAGGGCCUUCCCAAGGCACCGACAGGAGAGGUGGCAACUUUCAAAGGUUGGCCCCCCCUCGCCUGGCUGGUAAUUGAUGGAAAGCAUCUCACCAAGCCUCCUAAAGACUGGUACCCGCUGGCUCAGGACACGGGGUCCGGGACUGCCUACAUUGAAUAUAAAACCAGCAAAGAAGGCAGCACGGUAGGGGUCACUGUGUCACAUUCAUCCCUGCUGGCACAGUGCCAGGCUCUGACCCAGGCAUGCGGGUACAUGGAAGCUGAAACAUUAACGAAUGUGCUGGACUUCAAAAGGGAUGCUGGUUUGUGGCAUGGAGUCUUAACAAGUGUCAUGAAUAGGAUGCAUGUCGUCAGCAUCCCCUAUGCACUGAUGAAGGUCAACCCACUCUCCUGGAUUCAGAAAGUGUGUUCCUAUAAAGCUCAGGCUGCUCUGGUGAAGUCCCGAGAUAUGCACUGGUCUCUCUUGGCGCAGCGAGGUCAGAGGGACGUCUGUCUGAGCUCUCUGCGCAUGUUGAUAGUGGCUGAUGGCGCUAACCCAUGGUCAAUAUCUUCCUGUGAUGCCUUCCUCAACGUCUUCCAGUCCAGAGGUCUGAGGCCGGAGGUCAUCUGUCCCUGUGCCAGUUCUCCCGAGGCGCUAACAGUAGCCAUCCGCAGGCCCCCAGACCUGGGAGGACCUCCCCCAAGAAAAGCUGUCCUGUCGAUGAAUGGCCUGAGCUACGGUGUAAUCAGAGUCGACACUGAGGAGAAGCUGUCGGUCCUCACUGUUCAGGAUGUUGGCCAGGUGAUGCCUGGAGCUAGUGCGUGUGUUGUGAAGGUAGAUGGUGCCCCCUAUCUUUGUAAAACUGAUGAAAUUGGAGAAAUCUGUGUCAAUUCUAUUGCAACUGGGACGGCAUAUUAUGGACUGCUUGGAAUCACAAAGAAUAUAUUUGAGACUGUCCCGGUCACUGCAGAUGGAGUCCCCGUGUCUGACCGGCCUUUCACCAGGACGGGCCUUCUGGGAUUUAUUGGGCCUGAUAACCUGGUCUUCGUCGUGGGCAAGCUGGACGGACUGAUGGUUGUAGGAGUGCGCAGACAUAAUGCAGAUGACAUUGUAGCCACCGCCCUGGCUGUGGAGCCCAUGAAGUUUGUCUACAGAGGCAGGAUCGCCGUGUUCUCCGUGACCGUGCUGCACGAUGACCGGAUUGUCUUGGUGGCGGAGCAACGGCCUGACGCGUCAGAGGAAGACAGUUUCCAGUGGAUGAGCAGAGUGCUACAGGCCAUCGACAGCAUCCACCAGGUGGGCGUGUACUGCUUGGCCCUGGUUCCUGCCAACACCUUGCCCAAGGCUCCUCUUGGAGGAAUUCACAUUUCUGAAACCAAGCAGCGCUUUCUGGAAGGGAUGCUACAUCCGUGUAAUGUGUUGAUGUGCCCUCACACCUGUGUCACCAACCUCCCCAAGCCUCGCCAGAAGCAGCCAGAAGUUGGACCAGCCUCAAUGGUUGUUGGGAACCUGGUUGCUGGAAAGAGGAUUGCUCAGGCCUCUGGGAGAGAGCUGGCCCACCUGGAGGACAGUGACCAGGCUCGGAAGGUACUGGGCAGCUGCUGGUGGGGGGCAGGUAACACCCAAGAUUCUGUGCAGAUGCCAAACCAUCCUCUCCGUGUGCAGUUCCUGUUCCUGGCGGAUGUGCUGCAGUGGCGAGCUCAUACCACUCCUGACCAUCCGCUGUUCUUGCUGCUGAAUGCCAAGGGCACAGUCACCAGCACUGCAACCUGUAUCCAGCUGCACAAAAGGGCGGAGAGAGUGGCUGCUGCUCUGAUGGAGAAGGGACGAUUGGAUGCUGGGGACCACGUGGCUUUGGUCUAUCCCCCAGGGGUUGAUCUUAUCGCUGCGUUCUAUGGCUGCCUGUACUGUGGCUGUGUGCCUGUCACUGUGCGACCCCCACACCCCCAGAACCUUGGCACCACACUGCCCACUGUGAAGAUGAUUGUAGAGGUCAGCAAGUCUGCAUGUGUCCUUAGCACGCAGGCCAUUACCCGGCUGCUCAAGUCCAAAGAAGCAGCUGCCGCUGUAGAUGUCAGGACCUGGCCAACCAUCCUAGACACAGAUGACAUUCCAAAAAAGAAGGUAGCGAGCAUUUUCAGACCACCCUCCCCAGAUGUGCUUGCGUACUUGGACUUCAGUGUGUCGACGACUGGGAUCUUGGCGGGAGUAAAGAUGUCACACGCAGCCACAAGUGCCUUGUGCCGCUCCAUAAAGCUUCAGUGUGAGCUGUACCCCUCACGGCAGAUCGCCAUCUGCCUGGACCCUUACUGUGGCCUCGGCUUUGCACUGUGGUGUCUGUGCAGCGUCUACUCUGGGCACCAGUCAGUGCUUGUUCCCCCACUGGAGCUGGAGAGCAACGUGUCCCUCUGGCUGUCUGCCGUCAGCCAGUAUAAGGCCCGCGUUACCUUCUGCUCCUACUCGGUGAUGGAGAUGUGCACCAAGGGCCUGGGCGCACAGACAGACGCCCUCAGGAUGAAAGGGGUGAACCUGUCAUGUGUGCGCACGUGCAUGGUGGUGGCUGAGGAACGGCCCCGGAUCUCAUUGACACAGUCGUUUUCCAAGCUGUUCAAAGACCUGGGCCUCCCUGCACGCGCUGUGAGCACCACCUUUGGGUGCAGGGUCAAUGUGGCCAUCUGCCUCCAGGGCACAACAGGCCCAGAUCCCACGACUGUCUAUGUGGACAUGCGGGCCCUGCGCCACGACAGAGUUCGUUUGGUGGAAAGGGGUUCUCCGCAUAGUCUACCAUUGAUGGAGUCUGGAAAGAUCCUCCCAGGAGUGAAGGUCAUUAUUGCACACACGGAGACCAAAGGGCCCCUCGGAGACUCACAUCUGGGCGAGAUCUGGGUGAGCAGUCCCCACAAUGCCACUGGCUACUACACGGUCUAUGGGGAGGAGACGCUUCAUGCUGACCACUUCAGCGCCCGGCUGAGCUUUGGAGACACCCAGACCAUUUGGGCAAGGACUGGCUACCUUGGCUUUCUUCGCAGGACAGAGCUGACUGAUGCCAGUGGAGAACGACACGAUGCAUUGUAUGUUGUUGGGUCUCUGGAUGAAACGCUUGAGCUGAGAGGCAUGCGGUACCACCCCAUCGACAUAGAAACCUCCGUGAUCCGUGCACACCGGAGCAUUGCAGAAUGUGCCGUGUUCACCUGGACCAAUCUGCUGGUGGUAGUGGUGGAGCUGGACGGUCUGGAGCAGGAUGCCCUGGACCUGGUAGCGCUGGUGACCAAUGUCGUGCUGGAGGAACACUACCUUGUGGUGGGGGUGGUGGUCAUCGUAGACCCUGGAGUGAUCCCCAUCAACUCUCGGGGUGAGAAGCAGCGCAUGCACCUGCGCGACGGCUUCCUGGCUGACCAGCUGGACCCCAUCUACGUGGCCUACAAUAUGUGAGCGUGGCUGGAGAGAGCUGGGUGUGUGAGCCGGCAGAGGUGUAAGGCAAAGAUGAGCUGCACUGUCGAUGUCCCGGGAGAUGGGAUUUCAGGCUUCCUCAGUUCACCCUGCGUGUGCUUUUCAGAUCCUCUCAGCAGCAUCCCGACUGUCAUGUGAGAACGUGUCUGAACCAACUAAAGAAAUGUUCUGGGUCUGCUGAGUAUAGUUACCAAAACAUGAGUGACCGGGAAGGGAGGGAAAGGCCUGGUGUCAUGCUGCGGACAUUGCUGACAUCAUGGCUGUUUUCUGCUAUGCUGCGAGCUUGCACUUUUUUAGGCUAAAAAAUAUUCCUGAUUCCUAAAUAUAUAAUUUCCUGAUUAUUUAUUCCCACUUGUAACAACAAACGUAUAUGUAAAGUCUAUGCUGGAGAGAACUUUUGAGCCACACCUGCCUAGGAGGGCUGAUGAAAGGAGCAGCCCCCGCCCCAUCUCUACGCCCACAGACUCCGCUGAGCCACACAGCUUCCUUUCCCGGUGAUUAUUGGAGCAGGUGUGCCUGUUUGUCUGCGUGUGUUGUCACUAAUGCUCAGUAAGUGCCAUUUGGACUGUUAGAUCUAUUUCCGAAAGAUAAACCAGCAUUUAAUUGAAAAUCACUUUCCUAGCCUAUAACUUAGUGACAUUUAAACUGCAAGUUCUCAAGACAUCACAAUAUUAAUUCUUCUCGUGAAGUAUACGUAAUUAUUCUUAUGAGCAGGUCUGGAAGCACGAGUGACAUCCUAGGGUCUGACCCACGUGCCAGCUGGGUCUCCCACACACUUGAGUCGCCAUGGGAGCCUGGUUCUCUAGGAUGGGCGCCACUGCAACCUCUUGGCUUUGCAUUUUAGUUAUGUGCCUAUAAAAUUUUGGCCAAACCAUUUUUAGUUAUUUUAUCUAAACUUGAAAUCCAAGUGAUCUAAUAUUGUACCUAAGUCAGAAAAGAGAAUGUAAAAUCUUUUAGAUACUUCGAAGAAUUUGAAGUUAAGCAUGAAUCUAAGAUUAUUUUUAUAUGACUAAUCAAAGAUUAAUGUUAUCAAGUUGUUUGGGUUUAGGGGCUCUCAAGGGUAGAGAAGUUUAUGAAUCAUGCCUACUUCACAGAAACAGCUAGAUUUUUCUAGAGUUAGCCUAGACUCGUUCUUCAGUGAGUCCAGCUAACUGGUCCUCCUCUCACCCUUGGAAAGCGCUGUGUGCAGGAGCCCUCUUGCUCACGGUAUCAUGUGGUGUAGUAUGUGGAAACAUACUGGAAUCUUAAUAACUCUGUUAUAAUUGUGUACAGAAUCCAUGUCACUAUUACUUGGCGUCAGAGGCUUAGCAGCAGACUGAUGAAGGUUCACAGUGGAUGACUGAGAACGGACUACCUAUCCACAGUCUCAACAUUGUUGUUUUAUAGUAAGCAGCGCUUGUAAACUUUUUGUAUUAAAAACUCAGUGGCAGUAAGAACGUAUCUGGUAAGUUAAGAUUUUAAGAAUCAUAUUAAAAUGUUUUAAAGUUACUCUCUGGGAAUUCUGUAUAUCACACUAAUUUUUUAUAUCAUGUUAAUAAAAGCUAUUGACUUUGUAA